AUGGAAGCAUAUGAAAAAGAAAAAAGAGAGAGCUCCAGGCACAAAACAAGAGAUUUAGAGGAGCACCACGGCGAUAUAAUGCAGGCAAAGAUGGAAGAACUAACUAAAAUGAAUGAAGCACUACAGAAAUCAAAAGACAAAGCUAUGCAAUCAUGGUUAGAUUCCAGGCCUCUCAUCGACGAGCUUGAAAAACUACAAUCAGGUCUUGCAAGUGCUAAAAACCAAGCAUCUAUGUCCAAUAUUGUAAUCUCGGAGCUUGAGUCACAGCUUGAGGCCACUAAUGUAGGCAUCCAAUCCAAAAUGGAAGAAGAAAUCAAGGUGGCAAAGAUGACCAACGAAAUAACUCAGGCUUUGGAUCAAUCGCGUGAAGAAUUGGAAAGAAUCAUGCUGGACACAGAAGAAGAGCACCGAGAGAGAUCAAAACUGACACAAGUCCUGAGGUUGAGGAGGCAGACUCUAAGAACGUUGAAAAUAACACUUCGAGCAGUGGAGGUAGAAUCAGAAGCUUUUGGAGAAUCAGCAGCAGAAGCACGAGGACACAUCAAGAGUUCGGAAACAGGGAAUAGCACUGUUCAACUCAGUGAAGAAGAAUAUCUUUCCUUAAAGCGAAGAGCCAAAGAAGGGACAUCGCUUGCUAACUGGCGGAUUUCUGUGUCCAUGGAGCAGAAGUUUGCAGCUGAAGCAAGCCGAAACUUAGCGUCAACAAGAUUGAAAGAAAUUCGCUCUGAAAAGAACAUGUCACGGAGAAGGAGAACGGAAGAUGAAAAGAUAAUUGAAGAUGGAUAUACCAUUAAAGAUCACCAAGAAGAACAACAAGAUUCAAGGUUCAAAAAAGUUGCCCAAGUGAAAACAUCAGGGAAUGCUUUUCCUAAAGCUCGAGCAAAUGCAAUUUCUAAAUCCAACUCGAGGACUCCAAAGAAACAGAUGGGACGAUCAGUUAGAAAAAGAAAUAAAAAGCUACACAAGAAAGAGAAACUAUCCAUUUUAGAACAAAUAAGGCGUUUUUUCAUACGAAGCAUCAGAAGAUUGUUUGGAUGA